AUUCAAGAAAACUAUAAUUCAAAUUUCAAAUCUCGAAAUUCGCUUAUAAAUAGACCCAAACCUUUUGUGUUCCCCAAUUCCCCGGUCUCUCUCAACUCUUAUUUCUUACCUUAACUUUAUAACCCUUUUUUCUUUUUUUGGUCCAACAAAAAAACAUGUCCCCAAAUGUUGUUGUCUCUGGUAAUAAUCCCAACAGGGCUUAUGUGACUUUCUUGGCCGGCAAUGGUGAUUAUGUCAAAGGUGUUGUUGGUUUAGCCAAGGGUUUAAGGAAGGCUAAAUCGUUGUACCCUUUGGUGGUGGCUGUUCUCCCUGAUGUGCCAUGCGACCACCGCGAGAUCCUUCGGUCCCAAGGAUGUAUUGUUCGAGAGAUUGAAUCGGUUUAUCCGCCGGAGAAUCAGACCCAGUUCGCCAUGGCUUAUUAUGUCAUCAAUUAUUCCAAACUUCGUAUUUGGGAGUUUGUGGAAUAUGAGAAAAUGAUAUACUUAGAUGGUGACAUUCAAGUUAUGGACAAUAUUGAUCACCUUUUCGAGUUAGAGGAUGGGUAUUUUUAUGCUGUUAUGGACUGUUUCUGUGAGAAAACAUGGUCCAAUUCUCCUCAAUACAAGAUCGGAUAUUGUCAGCAAUGCCCGGAAAAGACGAAGUGGCCAGUUGGAAUGGGGUCGGCGCCACCGCGCUACUUCAAUGCUGGCAUGUUCGUUUAUCAACCUUGCCUUUUCACUUAUUGUCGCCUCUUAGAGACCCUCAAAGUCACCCCUCCUACUUCUUUUGCUGAGCAGGACUUUCUGAAUAUGUUCUUUAGGGAUAUUUACAAACCAAUCCCUCCUACUUACAACCUUGUCUUGGCUCUACUAUGGCGUCACCCUGAAAAUAUAGACCUUGACCAAGUCAAAGUCGUUCACUACUGUGCUGCGGGAUCAAAGCCAUGGAGGUACACCGGUAAAGAAGAGAACAUGGAUAGGGAAGACAUAAAGUUAUUGGUGAAGAAAUGGUGGGAUAUUUAUGAAGAUGAAUCUUUGGAUGACAAGAAUAAUAAUCUUAUUACGACAGCCGCCAUUGAUGAACCGGAAAAGCUUGGUUCCUUGGUCUCUACUACCUUGUCUGAAGAUGAUGAUGGUGUUGUUAACCCCCAAUGGACUGCUCCCUCAGCUGCUUAAAUUUUAACAAGCAUAUAAGAAUUAUUAAUAUUUAUUAUGGUGUUUUAAUAAAAGUUUAGAACAAAUUUUUUUUUUGAAGUUUUUAUAGUGGUGAGUAUGUGGCUUUUUAAUGCCCACUGUUAUGAUACUGGGAAAUAAAUAAGUUGUUUUCUGAAAUUUU